CUUCGCCACCACCUUUAAAAUACAUGCGGAAGUGAAUGGUGUUUGGAGAUAAUCAACAUGAACUGUGUCUGUUGUCUUAUUUUAUCUGCUAUUAACGUGUUCUUUUGAAAUACCGCCGGUUCGUUCUCUUACCAAUUUGUUAUUAUCUCAUUAACCUGCGUUAGAAGCGGUCCAAUAGCACUGCUGGGUGCACAUACAGUCUUUAGUGGCCGGCUUUCAUGUUGAAAAAAAAAUGAAUUAUUUCCAUAGUAGAGCAACGUUCUCCUUUUUGCAAAAUGAAGACGACGCUCGUGCAGUCGAACAUGCAGUUAGAACAGCGAUACAUACUGUUGUGAGUGUUAUUUCUAGUAUCAACAGUGCCAAAAUACAAGAAUAUCAAAGUAAGUUGGCCGAGAAGGACAAAGAAAACGAAACGCUGAAACGCAAAGUUAAAACAGCAGAACGAGAGAUCACAGCAUUGCGAGGCUCCUUUGAAUUUUCUGGAAAUGAAUGUCAUCAAGUCAGGUCAAGCACUUAUACACUUUCACCAGAAAUGCAAAGAGGGAAACCAAUUUGCCAUGAAAACGAGGUGUCAAGCAGAGCUGAUUGGAGAAUAGAUUUCCCCAGUCUUGAUGGAAGUACUCCUCCACAGGUUUUUUCCCCGUGCAAAGUCACAACUGUUCCCACUGGGGCAUCAACUAUUUAUAUGUCCCAUCACCAGAACCCUUCCUCCCAUUCUGCAGAAGAGUCUGGGCUUUUAGCAGAGCGAACCAGAGGCCAGUCCCCAUCACCCAGUCCAGUCACCAGACCAGUGAUAAAAGAGGAGCCCUCUGACAUUGAGACAUUCUACAUUAAAUGGGAGAUGAGUGAGGAGGGCAUUGGGGAGCAACGGGAAGGCCUAGGCCCGACACACGUCCUGGGAAAAGAGUACGAAGCCCAGCAGAGGGGUGGAACGCCAACCAUGCAAAGAGAUGGAACUCACCCUGUUGCUGGUAGCCAGAGUGGACAUGAGUAUGGGGAGAGACCAGCCAGGCAUCUGAAAAAUAGGCUGUCAAGCGCAGAGACACAGCGGAGGUUCAGAGAGCGAGUCCGUGCUGACCCUGAGAAGUUCCGGGCCUACAAGGAGAAGGAACGACGCAGGAAUCAGCAGAGGAAGGUUUCAAUAUCAGAUUUACCUGAAGAGACCCGCAGAUUGAAGAGAGAGGCCUGGAGAGAAGCAUCCAGACGAUGUCGUGCCCGCAAAAUGUCCUCCCUCCAGACGAACCUCACACAGCCCUGCCACCUCCCCCAGAACACAGAGACACCUGGGUGGACUAGGGGGCACUGCAGGGGCAGGCAGUAGGAUAGAAUUCGGUAGGGGGGGGAUUAGGCCUGUACAGAUGAGUUUAGGCUACUGAACAAAGAUGGGGAUUUGGGGAUCAUAAUUGUUGAUAUCUCCUUUGUUGAGGGAAUGAUUUCGGUAUCAUAUUCUAACAAUCCAGUUAUUCAAUAAAUUGGUUGGGGCUUGUUAAUGUUGUAUGUUAUUUUUUUUUAGAAAUGUCAAUAAAUUAGUUCAUUGUACAA